GUAGCUAUAAGUGAUGGACAAUAUGGCGCCGGGUGUAGAAUUAGCUUCUGGACCUGCGGUUGCUUAAUAGUCCGGCAGGAUGAACCUCUGUGGCCAAUAUUUGAGAGAAAUGGAUAAAAGGCAUUACCGUCUCCCCGCUAUCAAGAAAACUGUUAACAAAUGGAAGCAAAUGCUUCAAGAACAACGAGGAAAUGAGUGGUUAAAGAAUACGAGGAGAGGAGCUCAGCCUGAAAACUCCAGAGAAAUUCACAGUUGUAUUUUACAAAAACAAAGUUGGAAGCAGGCAGAGGCCCUGAAGGCUGACAUGACAGAUUCGAAGCUUGGCGCUGCUGAGGUCUGGACAUCACGGCAGGCUCUUCAGGACCUGUACCAGAAAAUGCUGGUGACGGACCUGGAGUAUGCUCUGGACAAGAAAGUCGAACAAGACCUCUGGAACCAUGCUUUUAAGAAUCAGAUAACAACACUACAGAGUCAGGCCAAAAACAGAGCCAACCCCAAUCGAAGUGAAGUACAGGCCAAUCUCUCGCUCUUUCUCGAGGCAGCUAGUGGAUUCUAUACACAGUUGUUGCAGGAGCUGUGCACGGUGUUCAAUGUGGACUUACCGUGUCGUGUGAAGUCAUCUCAGCUUGGAAUAAUCAGCAAUAAACAGUGCAACUCCAGCACUAUUGUAAAGCCACAGCCCAGCUCCUGCUCCUAUAUCUGCCAGCACUGUCUCGUCCACCUGGGCGACAUCGCACGAUAUCGCAACCAGACAAGCCAGGCGGAAUCCUAUUACAGACACGCAGCUCAGCUUGUUCCAUCAAACGGUCAACCGUACAAUCAGCUGGCUAUCCUGGCCUCCUCUAAAGGAGACCACCUCACAACAAUCUUCUACUACUGUAGAAGCAUUGCAGUCAAAUUUCCCUUUCCAGCAGCUUCCACCAACUUGCAGAAGGCUCUUUCGAAGGCUCUUGAGAGCCGCGAUGAGGUCAAAACAAAAUGGAGCGUGUCCGAUUUCAUCAAGGCUUUCAUCAAGUUUCAUGGACACGUUUACCUCAGCAAAAGCCUGGAGAAACUCUGUGCACUGAGGGAGAAGCUGGAAGAGCAGUUUCAGCGACUGAUUCUCCAGAAAGCCUUCAGCUCUCAGCAGCUCGUCCACAUAACAGUUAUUAACCUGUUUGAGCUGCACCACCUCCGAGACUUCAGCAAUGAGACUGACGACCAAAAUUACAGCUCCGAUGAGCAGAUCUGCUGGGUUCAGCUACUUGGCCUUUUCACAUCUUUCCUGGGUGUGAUGUGUAGCCGAGCCUUACUGAACAAGAACCAGGAGGAGAUCAUGGGAGAGUGCCCCCUGCCAGCUAUCAAGGUGUCCCUGGAUUGGCUGAGGCUGCGUCCUGGCGUGUUUAUUGAGAGCGCUGUUGACCAGAGACAAUACAUUUGGCCAUGGCUGGUGUCCUUACUUAACAGCUUCCAGCCCAAGGAGGAGGAUGUGUCAAAUUCAUCAGCUACUCCACUUCCAGAAGAGUUUGAGCUCCAAGGGUUUUUGGCUUUGAGGCCUGCGUUAAGGUUGCUAGACUUUUCCAAAGGGCACCAGGGCAUUGCAGUUGGCAAAGACAGUUUCAUAGUUCAUGGCCGUCAUCAGAGACUCAUCAGUUUGGGCAAGUGGAUGGCAGACAACCACCCUGGCCUAAUCCAGUGUCGCAUCAGUGACGGCUUACUUCUCUUCUUCACCGACAUCCCUGAGCUGGCGGUGGAGGAGCCACAGGAGAAAGAGCCUUGUGUGUUGCAGGAAUCAUUGAACGGUGAGCAGAAUCCUAAUGACGGCUCUUCCGGCCUCAAAUCAGUCCUUUCCAUGGGGAAGAGCCAGAGCAGCGGUCUGGACAACAGUGAGAGGCCUGUAGUCACCUUCAAGGAGAACAUCAAACCUCGCGAACAAAGCCGCGAGCAGAGCCGUAACCAGCAACACAGGGAUGGGGGGAAGGAGCGAGCCAGCUUCAGCAAGGGCAACGGAAUGCUGUUGAAAAAUGAGCAGAAGAAGGAUGGCAAGAGGAAGAGUGAGGUUAAAAAGAACAGUCACGAGAAAGCGUCUGAUGCAGGGAAACAGGUGAAGGGGAAACUCUCUCUUCUGAUAUUCAUAUGCAUUUCUUCUUUCAGCCUGUGUGACCUCUCGUACUCUUCUGGUUCCGUAAAGGUAAAAACUCAAGCGGAAAUGAGGAAGACUCCAGUCUCCGAGGCGAGGAAGACUCCAGUCACACAGACGCAGACGACAUGCUCUUCCCAGUUCAUCCCCAUACAUCACCCAGGAGCAUUUCCUCCUCUCCCCAGCAGGCCAGGUUUUCCUCCGCCAGCAUACGUGAUCCCACCCCCUGUGGCAUUUUCUAUGAACCCUGGCUUCACCUUCCCAACUGGUGUAUCUGUCCCCACCUCCUUCCUGCAGCCUGCCUCCCAUCCUCAGUCUCCCAACCAGGUGCAGUCUGGAAAGCCCUCACACAUUCCCUACAGCCAGCAGAGGCCCUCUGGCCCUGGGUCCCUCACUCAGGGCCCUCCUCAAACUCAAGCUCAGCCCCAGCAACCACAGUCAGCUCCUCCACAGCCUUCUAAACAAGCACUGCAGCAGAGUGUGCAGCUUCAGGUGCAGCAGCAGCAACAGUCACCCACCAAGCAGAACUCUCAGCUGGGCAAGAGUCCACCUCACCACACUGGCAUGCAGCAGCCAUACAUGCCUGUAUCUGAGCAGGCUGGCCAAAUGUGGAACCAACACCAGGUCCCACCCUCGAUGUCAAAGAUGCCCAUGUCUGUCAAACCGCCAUUCUUCAUGCCUGCGCAGGACCACAUGAAGCUCUUUGAGCACUCCAUUCCCCCUGCCGUGUCCAUGCAGCCUCCCCAGCCGAGUAUAGACAAGAAGAUGAAUUUCCAAGAAGUGAAGAUGCAGGAUUUUUACUGGGAACCACCAUACCGUAUGACUGAGAACAGGGGCAGCAUGGCAGACAGGUUGGGAAAACACCAGCCUGGAGUCUUUUGCCCAGAACAGGAGAACACACCGAGAGUGCCACCUUAUGAGGACAACAAGAGCUCUCCUCUUCUUCCUCCAGACCUGUUAAAAACUCUGGCAGACUUUGAGGAGGAGGAGGAGUUGGUCUUUUCUAAGCCUCAUGAUUUCUACCAGGCCUUGGCCGGCCCUCUUAAUUCUGCUCCUGGAAGAAACAUGUUUUUAUCAAACCAGUCCAGGCUAGACAGUGGAUCAGAGGUAAUGGGCCAGUCCUCUCUUCUACACCGCUCGGUUUUUCCGAUUCAGGAGAACUAUCAGAACAACAGCAUAUUCAGCGAGGCAUACGGUAAAAACAUGGCGAGCACGCCGAAGCCUGAUGUACCCAUGAUGCACCAGGAACCCUCCCUUUACUCACUGUUUGAAGGAACUCCAUGGUCACCCUCUCUUCCUGCCAGCUCAGAUCACUCGACCCCAGCAAGCCAGUCGCCUCACUCCUCCAACCCAAGCAGCCUGCCGUCAUCGCCUCCCACUCACAGCCAUGGUGCUCUACCUUUUUCUAAUUUUGGCCCCAUUGGCACACCAGACAGCCGUGAUCGCAGAACAGCUGACCGCUGGAAGCCUGAAAAGACGGGUGUAAGUGGCUUUGGGCUGGACUACUUGCCUGCUGGCUCGUCUGCCCCAGAGCCAAACAGCUGGCACCAGAGUGCCCCAACCAAUAGCUGGGCAGCCCAGGACAUGCCCAUGGACGACUCAUCCACGGUCCUACUCGACAGCUUCAAGUCUAUCUGGUCAAGCUCAAUGAUGCAGCCAGGCCCUUCUGCACUGGAGCAGCUCCUCAUGCAGCAAAAGCAGAAACAGCAGCGUGGCCAUGGCACCAUGAACCCGCCUCACUGAAGAGAUUCACGAAGCGGGUGCAAAGCACUUGUGCGAAAAUGAUACCGAAGACAAAGAAGAGGUGCGAAACCACAAGCUCCAUUCGGAAAUUUGUUUUCCGGCGUUAAUCUGCGUGUGGAGGCCAGAGACGGCGGCCGGCGUGAACCGACACGCUUCAAAGCAACCGCUCGUCUGAGCGACAGGGGAGGUGCAGCCCUCUCCUCUCUCUUUCUCUCUGUCUCUCUUUGUCUUUCUGUGCCUCUAAGGCAAGGAGGGCAUAAAAAGCACCUGAUAUACCGCACUGCUCAGCAUGUAGCCGCUACAGAACCGGUCACAUGGAGGGUGACUAUGAGGGAACUCCCUCUCUGAUCACCACUCUUCUUCCUCUAAGGGACAAAAAAAAAAAAAAAAGUACUCCUCCUGUUUCAUUUGGGCUCUGGGCCAGACCUUGUCAGAACCACCUGAUUUUACCUGCUUUGCAGGACUGAUUCACAGCACAUGGGAGAGAAUGAGUGUGCGUGGGAGAAAAAUUGAGGUGUUUUACGAACAGGUAGAAGUGGAAGAGCAAAACAGAAGGAUGAACUUUUUCUGAAGUCUGAACAUAUUAGCUUGGAGAAGGGCUCUGUAGCUAGGGUGGGAAAGAUAUAGUAAGAGUUAAGUGCUGUGUAUAUUUCAGCGGGUGUAACGAGUGUGCCUCUGUGGAUCGCACGCAGGACAUAGUCGGACAUCACUUGGAAGGGUUUUGUUUUGGGGUGGGGGUCUGUUAUCUGCUCUUCUAUAAAUGGAACUGCUAGGAACUGCACCAUGAUAAUAUAGCUUAAAAUGAAUCAAAUGGAGGUAGGGCUUAGCCUAUAGAUAUUGAGUGUAGUAUCAUUAGCAGCAAUAGAGAUUGCAUUUAACAAUACUGUAUUUUGUGACUUGUUAUGUAGCAGUUUUAGCUUUGAGACAAUAUUGGAUUAAUAUGUUCAGUAGUUUACCGCUAAAGGGGAGCUUUAUAUAUUCUACUCCUCAUCCCUUCUCGCUCUCUUCUUGUUUUCUUGAGCAACACUUUAACUUGCUUGCGAAGCAGUUCCAUUUGUUCAUGUUCUGCCUUUCAAAGAUUUAUGCAGGGGUUUCUUUUCAGCUUCUUUUUUUUUUUUUGUGCCUCGUCAGUGUUUGUAUUAUCUCUCUUGCUUUGUCCUUUUUUUUCCCUUUUCUUUUUAAAAGAAUCACCAACAUCAUGGUUGGCAGCGUCUCGAAGAUAAGAACUAGCAAAAAACAAAACAAACAAACAAAACGGGUCCAGCGUCAACGCUGCAGGUUCAGCAUUGUGGGGUGCACGAGCAGAAGGAACUGUUCUCUGAAUGAAGGGAUGAGAACAUUUCCAUAGCUACUAACUGUAACCUGAUCAGAGAAAACAUGGUAAAGUUCCCAUAGGUACUUGGUGUUAAAGAGCCUUUUCUUCAGCCAUCAUUGUUUUAAAAAAAAAAAAAAAAUUAUAAAAGUGCUUUGUGCUGUUUUUCAAAAUAGCAAACAUUGUAUAACGCGGAAUGAAAUAACGUGGAUAAAUACGGACCUAGCUGCACUCUGAUCAGUUCUGGAUGUUCUCUGCUGUUGGCUCUCGAAGCUGGCGCCGGUUCUGGACAAGCUCCUGCAAGGUUGUGUCCCCAUUGCUGAUUUGUACUGUUGCUGUCAGAAGUUUGCUUAGUUUCUCUAGUCUAGUCAAAGAAAGGGUUUGACGAUUUUGUCUUUUGAAAAUCAGUUCCUGUCUGUUGUAAUCUGCUGAGAUAAUGUUCUGCAGUUUAGACAUGCAGCACUAAAGUGUUAACUUGGUGAUGUAAAGACUAGGUUUGUGCCUGUUUAAUAACGACAGUUUCUGGCCGGAGGUCAGUGUUGGAUAAGCUUCGAUGUCUAAAUAUGUUCAGCAUCUUUUUUUCUUUUUAUGGUUACAGUGUAGCAGCCUUUUUGGAUGGAAGGUUGUAAGAACGACAGUGUCAUGUAUGAAGGGAAAGCACAUUUUUAUUUUCAAGUAGAGACUUUUAUUGAAGACAACUUUAAAUGAUAUCUCUAUCUGCUGUGUGAUUGUGCUUCUCGUUGCAUUUAAAAAUGUAUUUAAAAGAUUUAAAGUGGCAUAAUAAAACAAGCUAAACUUUAAGGAAAUAGUUAAUGUAUCAAAAGAUCUAGGAGCACAGUAAAGCUUCAUUCGCUCUUUGUCCAUUUUAUCACCUGACCAUACGAGUUUCAUAACCGGCGCUCGAGUCACUAUGCAGUUGGUUCUGAAAGUUCUCCUCCUGAAGCCCUGCUGAUCACUGCAUAUUAAAUGUGAGUAAUUGUUAGCCUUUUUUCCCCCCCCUCAGUUUCUGACGGUGGCUGCAUUCAGUGGCAGUAUUAACAUUCCAAUACAUGUCAAAGAAACAACCAGCUUUUUACAGCCACUGUACAGUGAAGGCAACCACGAUGCCCAUCCACAUUUUAUCAGAAUUUCUUUGGGAAAUCUGCAUGAAAGUCAAGUUGUGUGUUUAGGAGACAAGCAAAUUUUUCAAAGAAUUUUGCAAGUUGUUAAAUCAGGUGGUGAUAUAACCACCUCUGAUGGGCUUGAUUUAUUGUUUCUGCCUCUUUUGACAGACAUGAAAUACUAAAAUCAACUAUACCUUCAAUAAAGUAAAAAUGUCCUUCACUUGUCAUUUCUUUACCAGAUUUUUUAUGGGUUAUGUAUUUUGAUGCUUAUGCGAUGCAGGGGGUUAAAUAAGUAGCACACUGAUUCGAUGAGGAGAUUUCCCCAGCUCUAGUCUAAUAUGACCGAAAUCAGACCACUUGAGCAUUCUGUCUUAAACAAUUUUUUGGGGGUUUUUUUUCCAAUUUUUUUUUUGGGGGGGGGAUUCAAUAGUUCUUUAGGGAUUAAUCUGCACGUGGUGUAGUGGUUAGCACGGUCGCCUCAUAGCAAGAAGGUUCGGCGAGGGCCUUUCUGUGCGGAGUUUGCAUGUUCUCCCCGUGUCUGCGUGGGUUUCCUCUGGGUGCUCCGGUUUCCCCAACAGUCCAAAGACAUGCAGUUAGGUUAACGUGGGGCAGCCUUGGGCUGAAGUGCCCUUGAGCAAGGUACUUGACCCCUGACUGCUCCCCGGGCGCUCUAGUGUGGCUGCCCACUGCUCUGGGUGUGUGCGCGUGUGUUCACUGCUUCAGAUGGGUUAAAUGCAGAGGAUGAAUUUCACUGUGCUUCAAGUGUGCAUGUAACCAAACAAAGGUUUCUUCUAAUCAACCGUAAAAUACCUUGCAUCUCAAAUUUGAUGAGACUUUUAUUUUGGGGGGGGUCAAUAGUUCUUUAGGGAUUAAUCAACCGUAAAACACCUUGCAUCUCAAAUUUGCUGAGACUUUUUUUUUUUCUUUUUGAUUUAAGAUCCCUUAAAAAAAAAAACUGUAUAUUUAAUGAUGCACCAUCCAGUGACCAUUUGGUGAAAUACCAUUGUAUGUACAUCAUUUCGUGCAAAAAGUGUUCAGUUUGAGAAUUUUCUCUUGGGGUUAAAAUUAUUAUUAAUUUUUUUUUUUUUUGGGGGGGUGAAUGUCCUGUCUAUUUUGUAAAGACAGCUCAUUGUUUUUCAUUGGCAAGUUUUAUUUAUGGAAUAUAGCUACAAAUUGUGUGUAACAAAGUUGUUACUCUACAGCAUGGGCUUUAUUGCCAUUGCAUCAGGUACAAAAAAAUUGGUGCAGAAAGGCCAAAAUUAAAAAAAAAAAAAAUCAUUUGUUCUCUCUCGUGCUUGCUUGUAAAAUAGUGGGCUAUUCUUAGCUGCCCAGGAUGUGUUGGAUCAGAUCUUUGAUACUCGUUAAAAUGAUUUUAAGGGUAGUGGAACAUAAAUAUAUAAUUGAUCAAUCAAUUGUAAUUUAAUAAAAAUUAACAGCAGACAUUCAAUAUGUUAAUAAUAUUGGUAGUAUUCAACUGUCCAUUAGAAAUGAGUUCUAAUUGGAACCCAUUCUGGUUCGACAUGCCUCUACAGGGACAACUGAAGAACCUUUAAGGGUUGUGAAUGCUCUGUGUGUAUCCAUAACUUUCCUGAACUCCAACCUUUCCCAUGAUUCAUUGCUGCAUCAUAUCAGAAGCCGGGCUCUUUCUUCCAUUCCACUGUGUGUUUGUAGCUAAAGCUAACUGCUAAGUAGGUAAACUCCAAAAUAACAAAAAGAUGGUUACAUGGGUCCAAUUUUCUGACGUGCUCUGGGCAGAAUACAAUCAAAGUGCCCCAUCUGUCUACCCUCACAGAAUGACUAGACGACCUAAAGUUGUGGCCCGACAUCAGCUACGUUGACAUUGUCAAUAUUUUAUUCUUAGUAAGGGUGUUGGUGAGGAGCUAAGGAACUACAAAAGCAUGGAGGCGUACAAUUAUCUACACAGUAAUAAAAUUGGCAAAAUUAUGUGUAAAAGAGAUGGUGAGCCGAGCCAGAGCAAAAAAAAAAAAGUCAUGCAGCAGCCAUCAUCUGGAAGGUAGGCUAUGUCAGAGUAGAAUGAUUGUAUUGGUUUACUAAUAAUGUAGUGUUUUAUUGUAAGUCACUUUGGAUGAAAGCAUCUGCCAAAUAUCAUAUAGGCUCAAGAAGCAAAAGCUAGGCGAGAAGCAUAGGCUAACCAUUUUAAUGCAGAUGCUGUCAAAUUUUGGAAACAAUAAACAUACCAUGCUUAAAUAA